GCAUUGUGUUUUGUGUCGUGCUUGAGAGGACUGAAGUCUCAACAGCGGUUCAGACUUCAGAGAGGAGAUAAGUUACGAUGGUGAGAGCUCCUCCGCCGUCUUCUCGUCGCCCUUCCCGGUUCUCAGGACGGAAGGAGACCCUACUGGCCUGAGCCCACCCCUGUCUGCUCUUCCUCACCACAGGACCGUAGCGUGGAUACUCCAAGGACAUUUUAACGUUUCCACAGCUACUUUGGCCUUUUCUGUCGAUUGAGGAAAUCCAGCGUGUUGUUCUCCGGCGCAAUGAUGUGGCCAGAUUUUGUGAACUGGGACAGGAACUGCAGUUGGUUUCACAGAGCCCACUCCCAGGGCUGAUGAUGUGUCUAUACGUGUCAUUUUUAAACGUCGUAUCCGCAACCCUCCCUCUGCCGAGGGGACAAACAAGCAAACAAACAGACCGACGAGCGAGCGAACAGAAAUCAGUCUCUGACUUUCAAUGCGCUCCUUUCGGCCAUGGCAUCGUUCAGGUCGGAGGCUGCCUCAUGCUGAAGGGACAUCUGUGUUCCUGGAAGAAGGAGUUGGCCAUAAAAGCUAGAGGAGAGGCUGAUGAACUUUGAAUCACUGACUGCUGCUGCUGCUGCUGCUGCAUGAGGAGGGUAUUGAAGACCGAGGUGCGUCGGGUUCAGGAACUAUCUAUGCAGAUUUCAGCUGGUGAUCUGACGAGUCGCAAAUAGGAGGAGCCGGAGUUUCUUCUUUUCCCUCUCUGCAUCCCUUCCCUCCACUCUUCCCUUCCCCUUUCCCUGUUUCCUUGUCAUACUUCUUCCUGAUCCCCCCCUCCCUCUUCUCCAAGAUUCACCAUGCUCAUUAAGGAGUAUCGCAUCCCCAUGCCCAUGAGUGUGGAGGAGUACCGCAUUGCCCAGCUCUAUAUGAUCCAGAAAAAGAGCAGAGAAGAGAGCUGCGGUGAAGGAAGUGGGGUGGAGAUCCUCGAGAAUAAGCCCUACACAGAUGGACCAGGUGGGACGGGUCAGUACACCCACAAGGUCUACCACAUCGGCAUGCACAUUCCCAGCUGGUUUCGCUCUAUCCUGCCCAAAGCGGCUCUGAGGGUUGAAGAGGAGUCCUGGAAUGCCUACCCUUAUACCCGAACAAGAUACACCUGUCCGUUUGUUGAGAAGUUCUCCAUUGACAUUGAGACCUACUACAAGCCCGACACAGGCAACCAUGCAGAUGUCUUCAACUUAUCUGCAGCAGACAAGAGGCAAAGAACUAUUGACCCAAUCGACAUAGUGACAGAUCCCAUCCCCCCACAUGAGUACAAGGCAGAGGAGGACCCGAGGCUUUACAAGUCAGUGAAGACCCAGAGGGGGCCCCUGCGGGAUGACUGGAUAGAGGAGUACAACAACAACCCAGGGAAGACGCCCAUCAUGUGUGCAUACAAACUUUGCAAAGUUGAGUUUCGCUACUGGGGCAUGCAGUCCAAGAUUGAACGCUUCAUUCAUGAUGUUGGGCUUAGAAAGGUUAUGGUGCGUGCCCACCGGCAGGCCUGGUGCUGGCAGGAUGAGUGGUAUGGUCUAACCAUUGAGGACAUCAGGCAGCUGGAACUGGAAACCCAGCUAGCCCUGGCCAGGAAAAUGGCCCAGUUCUGCCAGGUCGAUGAGGACCCUGAAGCUAACGGAGGCGCUCCGUCUUCAGACAAAGAGCAGGAGGCCAAAGAGGCAAUGAGCUCCAUCGCGGCUGAGGAAACGGUCACUAGAUCAGUAGAGACUCUCCAGCCGCGAGGUGUCCUCACCAAGCAGUGGUCCACCUCAUCCAGAUCCUCCCGCUCAUCCAAGAGAGGAGUGAGCCCAUCGCGUCACAGCAUCUCAGAGUGGAGGAUGCAGAGCAUAGCGCGGGAUUCAGACGACAGCUCGGACGAGGAAUUCUUCGACGCUCAUGAGGAUCUCUCGGAUGGCGAGGAGGUUUUCCCAAAAGAAAUCUCCAAGUGGAACUCCAACGACCUCAUGGACAAGAUUGAAGCUACGGACAUGGAGGAAACUCCUGAGCACUUUAAGGAAAGGAGCAUCGAUUACGAAAGAGCGACGAGUGAGGACAGACUGGAUGAGGAGAGCUCCUCACAGCAGUGUCUGCAGCCUUCCAAGAUCCACGUGCUAAUACUGAUCCUGCAUGGAGGGAACAUCCUGGACACGGGCGGAGGGGACCAGAACAGCAAGCAGGCCGAUGUCAACACGAUCAGUACAGCCUUUGACACAGUCAUGCGUGUUCACUACCCCGCUGCGCUGGGACGCAUCGCCAUCCGCUUGGUGCCCUGCCCUGCCAUCUGUGCUGAGGCCUUCUCUCUGGUCUCUAACCUGAGCCCUUAUAGCUAUGAUGAGGGCUGUCUGUCCAGCAGCCAGGACCACAUCCCACUCGCAGCGCUUCCUUUGCUAGCCACCUCAUCUCCACAGUACCAGGAUGCUGUGGCCACUGUCAUUGUUCGCGUCAACCAGGUGUAUGCUGACUUCAUUAAGUCUCUGGAUGGAGCAACCUUCUCUGGCCAGGUUUGUCUCAUUGGGGACUGUGUGGGAGGAAUAUUGGGAUUUGAUGCUCUCUGUAACAGUGCCCCUACGGUAAAUGAAAGCCAGAACAGCAGCCGUAGGGGAAGUGUCAUCAGCGUGCAGGACCAGGACCUUCUCUCUCCGGGCAUCAUUGUCAACAGUGGACAUGGAUCAUCAUCUCCAACGCUGGAGGGCAGCCGCCACCUUAGCCGCAGCAACAUUGAUAUUCCUCGUGCCAGUUCAGGCGAUGAGACCAAGAGGCAGCUGCCGCGCAAGAGAAGUGACUCCUCCACCUACGAACUGGACACAAUCAAACAACACCAAGCUUUUCUGUCCAGCUUGCACUCCAGCGUCCUUCGGAAUGACGCAGCGUCCCGCAGGUCAAGCAGCAGCACCAUGCUGGACGGAGGCUCUCUGGGGAAGUUUGACUUUGAGGUGUCAGACUUUUUCCUCUUUGGGUCUCCCCUGGGCUUGGUGCUGGCCUUGAGGAAGACCGUAAUCCCUAUGCUGGAUGUGGCCCAGCUGAGGCCGGCCUGUCAGCAGGUCUAUAACCUGUUCCACCCAGCUGAUCCCUCAGCCUCCCGCCUGGAACCUCUGUUGGAGCGGAAAUUUCACCUCCUCCCUCCUUUUAGCAUCCCCCGUUACCAACGUUUCCCUCUUGGAGACGGAAACUCUGCCUUGUUGGUGGAGACAGUCCAGAGCAACGCUCAGCUGCUGCUUGAUAGUGGGCCCCCCUUGUCCUUUCGCUGUCAGGAGACCAUCAGUGAGACCUGCAUUCCUGUUCCCGUGCUAAACUGGCAGGAGAGCUCCUUGAAAGCCACACCCGCCAGCUUGGAGUCGGAUGUUGUUCAGUCUCAUGGUGGUGUCUUCAUGGACAGUUCGUAUCCCUCAUCCCCCAUAAUGGGCCCCUUCUCCCGGGGCCAACGGAGGGCCAGUGAGAUCAGCAUUGCCAGCCAGGUCUCAGGAAUGGCAGACAGUUUCACUGCCACCAACAUAGCCAACACCAAAUCAGACUGGAUUAACCAAUCCAAUAAACUCAAUCUGUUGUCCCAACUUGCCCUAACAUCCCAAAACAAAUUCUCCCUGAAAAAUACUCCGAAGUCCUGUAGAAAAGCUGAUGAUGACCCAGCUGCAGAACCUCCUGAUGGAGAUCUGGGUCCUGACCUGGAUGUUGAGACAGACUCAAGUGAAGGUCUAAGUCCCACCUCCCAGUAUGAGAACAAUCAAUCGCCUCGGCUGGACUGUGCUAUAUGUGAUCUGGUCUCACUGGACUCGCAAGCUGAAGUUGAUCAAGUUGCAGCACGUUGGUGGGGCACAAAGCGUCUGGACUUUGCUCUGUACUGCCCCGAUGCUCUGACCGCCUUUCCAACAGUGGCUUUACCACACCUCUUUCAUGCAUCUUACUGGGAAUCCACAGAUGUUGUGUCUUUCCUUUUGAGGCAGGUCAUGAGGCAUGAAAACUCAAGCAUUCUGGAGCUGAAUGGGAAAGAAGUGUCUGAAUUUACCCCCUCUAAACCACGGGAAAAGUGGCUCCGGAAGAGGACUCACGUAAAGAUCAGGAAUGUGACUGCCAACCAUCGUGUGAACGACGCCGUGUUCACUGAAGACAGCCAGCAGGUCAUCACAGGUCGCUUCAUGUACGGCCCUCUGGACAUGGUGACUCUAGCUGGGGAGAAGAUCGACCUCCACAUCAUGACCCAGCCUCCAUCAGGAGAGUGGGUGUACUUCAACACACAAGUGACUCAAAGCAGUGGCCGCGUGUCUUUUAACAUCGCAGAGGACAAGCGUCUGGGCAUUGGAGUCUACCCUGUAAAAAUGGUUGUCAGAGGCGACCACACGUUUGCAGACAGCUACCUGACUGUUGUUCCACGUGGCACAGAGUUUGUAGUGUUCAGCAUUGACGGGUCGUUUGCUGCCAGCGUGUCAAUCAUGGGCAGCGAUCCGAAAGUGAGGGCGGGAGCUGUGGACGUCGUCAGACACUGGCAGGAUUUAGGUUAUUUGAUCAUCUACGUGACUGGACGUCCAGACAUGCAGAAGCAGCGGGUGGUGGCCUGGUUGUCUCAACACAACUUCCCACAUGGCAUCGUCUCCUUCUGUGACGGAUUAGUCCAUGACCCUCUUAGACACAAGGCCAACUUCCUCAAAACCCUGACAGAGUCUAACGUGAAGAUCUUUGCUGGAUACGGAUCGACCAAAGACAUCUCCGUCUACACCUCCAUUGGCAUUUCUUCUUCUCAAAUAUACAUCGUCGGCAGACCCUCGAAGAAGAUGCAGAACCAGUGCCAGUUCAUCACAGAGGGGUAUGCGGCCCAUUUGUCCCAGCUGGAGUACCACCACCGCUCUCGGCCUGCCAAGUCCAGCACUGCACGCAUGGUCCUGCGUAAGGGAAGCUUCGGCCUGGGCGCAAACAGCGACUUCCUGAGGAAAAGAAACCACCUGCUGCGCACCAUCUCCUCCCAGCCGGCCCCCAGCUCACCGAAAGAGAGCGUCCACAACAGGCCCGAGCGCACGCAAAGCCAGUCGGACAGCGAGCGGCUGGAGCGGGAGCGGCUGGAUCGGACCCACAGCCAUGGCCCGGUAGCGACGCAGCGCAGCAUGAGCAUCACUGCGAGCUGCUGGGGCCGCAGCAGCAGCACCAAGCUGGAGCCGUUCCCUUUUAACCCCAAAUGAGAUUACAGAGAUAGGAGGAUGAACGCACAGACAGAAAAGCUGCAAGUUUGGGAUCUGGUGCUACAGACCACUUAUCAGCAACAAUUUCAGUGGAGUCUCUGGCAGUUUCUUCUUUUUUUGUUAUCGUUUUAAAACUUGACAAAUCCUUCUGAAACAACAUGUUACAUAAACAGAAAUAAUUCGUAUUGUAGGAAUCUAAAUGUUUACUUUUGUUCAGUGUAUAUUUUUCAGUCAUAAACACAAGGUCAGAACUCCUCCAACAGCCUGCUAAAGCCAACCUGGUUACGCAAUUAAGCUUCUCCUCAACAUUAUGAUACUGCUUUAGCUGACAGAUGUGGCUAAUGCAAGCACAGACACGGCAACAGAGCUGCAGAUUUAUGCAUCAGCCCUUUUAUUCUGUAAAUCUUUAAAAGCAGACCUGAGACUUGACUAACACCGGACUGAGUGCAUUUAUAAAGAAAAAAAUAGUGUUAAUAAUUUAUCAACAAUUCAUAAAAACGAAUCUAAGCCAAACAGAAAUGAUUUAAACACUCUUCUAAAACAGCCAAGACUAAAGGUUUUACACUCCACUAAGAAUCAAACUGAACGUCACGCAGAGAAAACUCUGAACUGGCCCUUUAAUUAUGGUUAAAGCCUAGUUUUUACUGCACCUGAUGUUUGACUCAACUUUAGGAAAAACUUCGUCUCGACAGCAAAGGUGCCAAAGUAAGCAACGUAGAACAAUACGAUGCAUCUGAGCAGAGGAUCAUAUAAAGCUCUCCUGUGUAUAAACUAAUGGAAUAAAUUGUGUAAGUAUAUUGUUAAAACGCCUGAAUGAGGCCUGUACAUAAUUGUUACAUUACAGUGCAGAUCUGGUAUCUGGUCCACUGAAGACCAGGUUAAAGUGUCUUCUUUACUAUGAGAGUGAUAUGAUUGAUAAUCACUGCUAUUUAAUAAUAUAGCUAUGUUAAAAUUCAUUGAUUUUUGUGAACAAAGAUGUGUUUUGAGAUUACUCUUUUUUGCUAUGUUGUGCAUUUUCUCUUCAAACUUGAGUUUCAGCAGCAAAACAAAUGCAGAAAUCCUUGCCUGGCACAGUAUUGUAUUUUUAUCAUUUUACCUUGCAGAUCACCAGAGUUGUAUCAGAACUAUUAUCUUGUGUCAUAUAUAGUAUGUUUGAUAUUAGGCAUUUUUGGAAGUUUUAGAUUUUGGCUUUUUUUUGUCCAGGUUAUUACUGAGCUGUAAAUGAGGCAUUGAAUGUGCUCUUAAAUAUUCCCUCCCUACGUCAUUGUCUCCCUCUCUGUUCUCUGCUGCACUUUUAGAGGAAGACAAAGCGCCACGUUGUGGAAAUUAGAAACUCAGAGCUGAGACUUGCUUUAUGAUGUUUGCUAUUUAUUUCUUAAGUUUGGUAAAUUUUCAUGGCUUUUUUAUUUUUUAAUAUGAUUACUUGUCCUACUCGAGUAAUCUCCACACUUAUUGCCACGUUUGGUAAAGAUUUGUAAAAAAAACAAAAACAAAAGUGCAAUAAAUUCAUUGUUUAUUCCAGAAGCAUAAUCUCACACUGGAAAAAUUUGAAAUCUCCAACCUGUAAGUUCAAUACAUUUUCUUUCAUUGUCGGGGAAAAAUCCCUUGUUAAGAAAUGUUUGUUUUGUACAAAAUCACCCAAACUACACUUAUAUGCAACAACAAGUCCUUAUAAUUAAUCCUUCACAUCUUUUAGGGAAAUCAGGGUUUAUUGACACUUACGAUGUGAUCUGAUACUGAGGCCUAAUUCUCUUAAGUCACUUUUCACAAUGGGAAAAACAGGAGAACAUGGCAUUCAACUAAUGUUUGAUCUUCAUAAAUCAAAAUGUGGCUAUAGACAAAGAGCUACUUGCCCAUAUUUAUGCCAGGAAAAAAGGCUUUUCUUUUCUACCUUUUGCUAAAAGGAUAAAUGUGUAGAAAAAAAGUACCUUUUCCCACUGUUAGGGUAGAGGAUCUGUGAUGCUGCGGGUUGUUUUUUUUUUUCAAAUGCCCUUGGAGCAUUAGAGUGUAUAGCAUCAUGAACUAUUUGAAAUAUAGGACAAAUAAAAAUCUGGUGGCCUCUACAAAAAAAUGGAAAAUGAGUUAACACUGCUUCUUUAAGCAUAAUAGUUGAAAACAUCUUCGCAAAGCAACGCAGAAAUGGUUCACCAGACACAAAAUCCACCUUCUUUUAUGGUCAGAUUAGCCCCGGACCGAGAUCCUGUAGAAAACCUGCAUGGUGAGCUGAAAGUGGGCAUAAGAGACAGAUUUAUCUAAGGCAAAUAGUCAGGGGGUCUUUGCUCUGCAUGCGCUGACCUUGUGAGAAGUUCUGUCCAGUUAGUAAAAUAUAACUUAUUGGUAUUUAUCGGAGUAACAAUUAGUGUAUGAUAUUUCUCAAUUUAGGAUUUUUUUUUUUUUCCACCACUGUGGAUAAAUGUGCUCAAAUUACAGGUUUGAUUAGUGUGAGAACAUUCUGCUGCCGCUGUAAAGGAUGGAUUUAUGUCAAAGCCUUUUAUGCCUCUCUCCCAGGAGCUGCAAUAAGUGUGGAGCCCAGUAUAACAGGCAUGUUUAGAGCUGACUGCAGUGGACCAAUAUUAACUCAAAUGUAAGGGAAAGUGUGCAAUACUGUUCAGAAGCACCGCUGGAUCAAACAGUCAUCAGUGCACUGACAAUCAGUCACCCCUGGCACAUAUUUUAGACAUCCAACUGCAGAGGGUUUACCUCACCAGGUAAAUCUCUGCCCUAAAUGCACAGGUGCACAUUUUACAGUGUGGAGAUUUCUCACAAUAAAGUGGCUCUGGCCUGAUAAAUGUAUCGAAUGUUACGGUUGGAUUCUUUCUGUGGAAAUGCUCGGUUUAUGUUGUGGUUUUGGUGCUUCAAGCACAGAGGCAUCUAUUCGCAGUCAACUGUCAGCACAGCAGAGCACGGUACAGUUUAAUAAAACAUGUCUGCAAUAAAACCCAGGUUCAUUAAGAUGAAAAAUUCACUGAAAAGUAAAUAGUUUGUUCAGUUAUUUCUCACGGUUCGAUGCGUUUCUGAAACAUAAUACAACACGAAGCUCAGUGAGGCUGGAAAAUUGUCUGCCGUGUUAUUUAACUCUGAUGAAAGGCUGCCCCUCUGUUUAGACCCGCUCACCAUUUGUUUACGCCCAGAUGCCAUUAGAAUGACCGACUUUCUUUUUCCAAUGCAUAAGGAGGCUAUAAUAAUCAGGGUUGUCCAGCCCUAGUCCAGUGUCCUGCAUUUGAUAGAUGUGUCCUUGAUCCAACACAGCUGAUUGAAAAGGAAGAAAUGCCUCCUCAGACGGUUGCACACAAACCAUUCCUUUGAAUCAGGUGUGUUUCAUCCAGUGACGGUUCUCACAUCAAUGGCGUCCUGGGCUUGCCCACCUCUGCCAUCCUCCUAACCAAUUAAAAUGCAAGAAAAUAUCUGAGAUUAUGGUGCAGGAUAAAAUGCAGCACAAUCCUGCAGAAAGCCUGUAAUCUAAUCUCUUAUUCUCAGCAGCAGGCAGCGAAACACCUACGGUCCGAAGGUACUUCUGUUUCACCAACAUGUAUAUUUCUCUUUAUAGAUAAACUGACAAAUGUAAGAAUUAUCCAGGUCACAGAUCUCGUGGGAUUUUAUUUCAUCCUAUUCAUUCCUUGUAAUUUUAUGAAGUGGGUAUAAAGAUAAUAUAAAGAACUAA